CUCUGAGCUGUCAGCACAGAGCCUGACAUGGGACUUGAACCCACUAACCACAAAAUCAUGACCCGAGCCGAAGUUGGACGCUCAACCCACUGAGCCACUCAGGUGCCCCAAGUGGUCUUCCCUAUAAUUGAACUAUUUACCAUUCACUAUCUUGAAAGCUUAAGAACUUAAGCUUAAGAAUGAAAGCUUAAGAAUUUCUGUGGUGGUUGGUAAAUGUAGUUUUGCCUUUUGCAUCCUGUGAGACAUUGUAACCCUAGUAAGGUGAAGAGUGGACUCAGGUCAAAAUAUUGGAGGUUAUACGUUUAUUUUUGAGUAGAAUGCUGAGUGAAAAAGAGCAGAGGUAAGGCCCAGCUUUGUAGUUUACUUGACACAAAAGGUUUUUUCUUUUUCUUCCUAAAUAUAACUGUGCUCUGAUAUGAGUAAAAGCAACCAAUAAAUAAAUAGCAGAUUGAGUAGCUGAGCGGUGGGAUUUGAUGUUAGUUUUCACUGUUGACCAGAUAAACAGGCACAUGGAAGUAACACCAUUUUGGAAAUUGAGUUUCCCAAAUGAGCUUUGUUUAUAAACUUUGAACAUAUCAAAAAUGGGCAGUUUAUUAAAUCUUUUCUACCAACAUCACUUUUUUUUCCCCUCAUCCUUUUUUUCCUCCAUGUUAUUGCCUGCAGCAGUCAGUUACAGUCACUCAUGCUAAGUAGAGUUUGAGUAGAGCUAAUAUUGGCAAAAAUAUACUGUUUGACCCCUUCCCCCACUGCUUAUGGUGUGGCAUGAUUUUGUGUUUUGAACCAGUACGUUUCAGCUGUGAAAUGCACUCACUGCAAGCACUGAGCUGAGUGCAUGGAAACUGUUAUGCUUCUCAUUUUAUGUGAUCUACUAAUUGGUAUGUAGCAAAAAUAAUUUUCUAAAACUGUUUUGUUGCUUGUUUUGUAAUAAAACCAUGUGAAAUACUGAAAUAUGGUGUAUGUUUUCCUAACGCUGACCUUCUGUCCGUGGGUGGGUGAUCUCUCUAGUCAGUGUGCCCUAUUACUGGUUUUCUGGACUUCCCGAGGUAAGUGCCUGCACAGGGCAGGGCUGGCGACCUCUCUUCGUGGCGUGGGGGUAGACCUGGCCCCGGGGCGGGGACGGUGUGGGUGAUACGUGUGGGAUCUGCCAGGUUCUGCCCCAUAAAGUCUGGGGGUUGGCGGAGGCGGCACCCAAGCCGGGAGAAAGUGUUGCUCACGUUAGAGCAGUUGCGAGACCAAGGUAACUGGAACAGAGCGAAGAAGGAAGGGGGCAGAAUGACUAGAUCUCUGCUGCGGCCCACCGCGCUCGGACAACUCCUGCUGUGGCUGCUGCUGCCCCCGCUGCCUGUGCCCAGGGUCGAGGCUAGGAAGUCCAGGCCCUCGCUGCCCUGUCCGGCGGCCUGCGAGCCUACGCGCUGCCCCCCGCUGCCCACCUGCUCCGCUGGGGCGACGCCGGUGCUCGACCGCUGCCGCUGCUGCCGCGUCUGCGCGGCAGCCGAGGGAGAGGCCUGCGGCGGGACGCUGGGCCGGCGGUGCGCCCCGGGGCUGCAGUGCCGCGCGCCGCUCAGCGCCCAGCGCUUCCGCGGCGCCUGGAUGGGCACUUGCGGCUGCCCCGCGGUGGGAGCGGCCGUGUGCGGCAGCGAUGGGCGCACCUACCCCAACCUGUGCGCGCUGCGCGCCGAGAACCGCGCCGCGCGCCUCCGGGGCGCGCUCCCGGCCGUGCCCGUGCUGAAGGGCGACUGCGCCGACCAAGGGACCAGGAGUGUAGGCCGGCUCAGGAGCAAGUACAACUUCAUCGCCGCCGUGGUGGAGAAGGUGGCGCCAUCCGUGGUUCACUUGCAGCUGUUCCGCAGGUCACCUCUUAGCAGCAAGGAUAUUCCUGCAUCCAGUGGCUCUGGGUUCAUAGUGUCUGAGGAUGGGCUCAUUGUUACCAAUGCCCACGUCCUCACCAACCAGCAGCGGAUCCAGGUGGAGCUCCAGAGUGGGGUCCAGUAUGAAGCCACUGUCAAGGACAUUGACCAUAAAUUGGAUCUUGCGCUGAUUAAGAUUGAGCCAAACACUGACCUUCCUGUAUUGCUGCUGGGAAGGUCAUCUGACCUGUGGGCUGGAGAGUUCGUGGUGGCCUUGGGCAGCCCGUUUUCUCUGCAGAACACGGUGACUGCAGGAAUUGUCAGCACUACACAGAGAGGGGGCAAAGAGCUGGGGCUGAAGGAUUCGAACAUGGACUAUAUCCAGACUGAUGCCAUAAUUAACCAUGGGAAUUCUGGGGGACCUCUGGUGAACUUGGAUGGUGAUGUGAUUGGCAUAAAUACACUCAAGGUGACCGCAGGAAUCUCCUUCGCAAUUCCCUCAGAUCGAAUUCGACAGUUCUUGGCAGAAUUCCAUGAGCGCCAGUUGAAAGGAAAAGCUCUUUCACAGAAGAAGUAUCUCGGUCUGCGGAUGCUGCCUCUCACUAUGAACCUUCUUCAAGAGAUGAAAAGGCAAGAUCCAGAUUUCCCUGAUGUGAGUUCUGGAGUUUUUGUGUAUGAGGUGAUUCAAGGAACAGCUGCUGAAAGCUCUGGGUUGAGAGACCACGAUGUAAUUGUCAGCAUAAAUGGGCAACCUGUUACCACCACAACUGAUGUUACUCAAGCUGUUAAGGACAAUGAUUCCCUUUCCAUGAUGGUUCGUCGGGGAAGUCAAACUCUGAUCCUGACAGUCACACCUGAAACAAUCAAUUAAAUAUCUUGCCUUAAAGAGAAAUUAUCUAACAAAA